CAGUUAGUCGUUCUCGUUCCAAGUGUAAACAUCUCCCGCUCCAAUAGAAACAAUUUUUAAUUCUAUACAUUUUUCUACUCGUCAAAAAUAAUUCGUAACUUUUUUUGUUCCGCUUAGUAAUCGGGAUUGUAAUUUUUGAUUGAAAAUGGUGAUUCCGAAGAAUAAAACGGUGAAGGGAGAGGGGAGCAAGGAGGAUAACGUGCAGCCACGCUCUCGCAACAAUUCGCGCGCAGAGUCCAAGGCCAAACUUAUUUUGAAGGAUCCGGAGCAGCCUCCCAAAUCGGCACGUUCAUCUCGCGCAGCUAAACGCAGCGCGGAUCCCCCGCGCUCUGCCUCCCGUGCUGCUAAGCGCCGUCGGGUGGCGAUGCCCCGUGACAUCGAAAACGCGAUUUGCGCCUGCCCCCACCCGCGACCAAGUUGCCGUACGCCCUCCCGUACCGGCAAACUAAACCAGAACGGGCAGAUAAUUACCCAAGCCAUUCUCGAUCUCAACAAGGUUGCCACCUUAGAGGAGAUAAUGGCCCAGCUGAUGAUGCGUCUUGGCUGCACCGUGCUUCCCAAUGGGGCCUACGACACCGUAGUUCACACCCUCAAAGAGGGGGUUCGCUUUGGAUUCCUGCAGAUGGAGCAAGGAGGCUACUGUAUCCUGCCUACUCCGAUAUCACUGGCCGAGGAGGAUCUGGCCCUCCAGAAGCGUGCGUUGAUGGAGGCAGUGUGUGAGCCGAAACCCUUAGUCUUCAAGCCAUCGGCUCUGUCUGUUAUCAGCUUUGCCGCCCGAUGAACCCCAUCCUAGAUAAAUCAUCAGAAUCAGAAUUAUUUCGAAUCAAAAUUGUGUUCUAGUAAAUGAGAAGUAGCGAGGCAGAUGUAUUUUCAAUUGUAUUAAAAAUUGUAUCGGUA